AUGGUUUCCCGCAUUAUGGACGAUCGGUGGUCGCUAAAUGGAAUGACUGCUCUUGUUACUGAUGGAACCAGUACGAUUGGGUUCAUUGCCAUUGUGGAGGAAUUAGCUCAACUAGGGGCGAUCGUGCAUACCUAUUUUCGAAACGAGGUUGAACGCAACGAGUUCUGGGGUGUCUGGCAAAGAAAGGGUUUCCAAGUUACUGGGUCGGUCUACGAUGCUUCGUCUCGUCGUCCUCAACGAGAGAAACUCAUGGAGAUUGUCUCCUCUGUUUUCCAUGGCAAGCUCAAUAUCCUUGUAAGUUUUGUUUUCUCUACAUUUUCUUUCUUCUUUGGGUACUUCAGGCUCUCAAUUGGAAAGAGACUGUCCGCAUAG